CUUCAGUCGCAGUCAGAGCCGCAUGGAGCGCUGAACCACCGAGACGUUUUGCUUUAUAAAAAUGUCUCUCGGUCUGGAUCCAGGUCUUUUGAGCGGCUCGUUCGCGACCGACACAUCACUAGCUGCACGCUGCUGGAGGCGUAAUAAUAGAGCGCAGGCUAAAGUGCAGUUGGGUCCCCAGCGAGUCUCUCAGCGCGGCGUGUCUCACAGCGCAGGGGGCAGCCGGAGCGCCGCAGACUCGGGCGGCUACAUGAGUAUAUUGGGAAUAAAAUACUCCUGCCAGCUGACGCUGGACCCCAACACAGCACACAGCCGCCUGUCUCUGUCAGAGGGGAACAGGAAGGCGACAGGGGGGGCAGAGCAGCCAUAUCCUGAUCAUCCAGAUAGAUUUGACUGGUGGCCCCAAGUUCUGUGCAGAGAGAGUCUGACUGGUCGCUGUUACUGGGAGGCAGAGUGGAGUGGAGAUGGAGUCCGGAUAGGAGUGACUUAUAAAGGAAUCGGGAGGAAAGGAGGGAGUGCUGACUGUCGGCUUGGAUACAAUGACAAGUCAUGGAGUCUGAUCUGCUCUCCUGACAGUUACUCUGUCUGUCACAAUAAUAAACAGACUGUCAUACCUAUAAAGCCCUCAGACUCCCGCAGAGUAGGAGUGUAUCUGGACCAGGCGGCUGGUACUCUGUCCUUCUACAGAGUCUCCUCUGAUGGACUGACCCUCCUGUACAGCUUCACCUCCUCAUUCACUGAACCCCUCUAUCCAGGGUUUGGGGUUUAUACAAACUGCUCCGUAUCGCUGUGCAUGCUGGGAUAGCUCACUGUGCUGGAGGAAUCAUUUUUACCUUAUCAGAGUGUCACAUGUCGCUGCUUCUCCGCGGCAAAAAGGUAAAAUCUCUGUUUUAUAACCAGUAUAACCCUUUUUACUCUGAAGUGUGACGUAUGUUAGACAGAAAUAAAUGAAUGUUUGUUCAGUUUGCCAAACUCGUGCAAAAUGACUUUUUCUCUGACUAUAUUGCCUGUUAAUGCAUCAAUAAUGCAAAUUCAUAGGAAAUGUAGUUGUACCAAUAGAGUGAAUUCUGAUUCUGAAUAAAAUAAAAUGUAAUGAAAUGUAAUCCUGAUGAGUGGGGGGGCUUUUCUCUCUCCUAUAUAUGUACAUUUGAUAUAUUUCUGUCUGUAUAUUGUAUUUUCUGCCUGUACAUUCACAAUAAAAGCUUCCUAUUCUAUCA